AGGCCAACAAAUCAUAAUAAACGCUGGCGUUCAUCGGAUAUAGAAAUCAGCUGUUUUCUUUCUUUGCUGCGAUAUAACCCGUAUAAACCACGUACAGAAGUUUGUGCUGCGUGUAUUAAACUGCCUUUCAAUACGCUUUGGAUCAGUAUUCAAAUUCUGCAUGUGUGUAUAUUUUUGCUGCUACUGCUAUAUUUUGUACGUAUAACCCAAGCCAAAGAAAAUUUUCUGCCCUGGUCGAGGCUGUACAGUUUUUCCUCGGUGCCCUGCUCUACUCUUCUCCCACACUGGCAUUAUAUUUAUAUUGAUAUAUCUUUCUGGAUGCUUGGACAGAAUUUUUUUGCUUCGCCCCACACCGUUUAAUUUCGCCCAUUUAUUUGCUUUUACAUUUUAACGGAGCUUUGUUAUUCAGCUGCAUUCGCCCCAUCUGCCGCCUUUCUUUGUUACACUGACCUUGCCUUGAGAAUUGAUAUUAUUGUCAACAUCACACCGCCUCUUUUUCCCCCUGAUUGCAAACACAAUUUUAAAUCGCAUGAUGGCCUCCAUGUUGGGAAACGUGCUGGAUUAUCUGCGCACCAAGACGGCCGCGGAUGGUGACGAGAAACGGCCGUUGAGCCCGCGCCCGCAGGAGGUGCCCAUGACGACAGCUGACGCUGCGGCUGCGGAUGAAGAAGACACCGAAUGGGUGUACGAUAUUGAGGAUCAGGAUGACUGGCAGAUUGUCCGGAAGAUGGACGAGGAGAUCCCCGAGCGGGAGGUGGAUGAGGAUGAGCUGGAGCUGCAGGAUGAAGCCACCCACACCCGCCACCAGACCCUCUACCGCUCCGCCCCGCCAUUAAUCAUGGAGGAGACCCUGCAGCCGCCCGCCCCGGCGGCCGGCGGGGUAACCCGCACCCCCAGCCCCCCGCGGGCGACGGUGGACGAGGACGGGCUGGCGCCGGUGUACCAGCGCCCCCUGUCGCACAAGCGCAAACGCCGUCUGCGGGCGGCGGCGCGGGCCCAGGCCCUGCCGGCGGGGUCCGCCGCUCCGGAGCGCCGCGAACUGGCCGUGUUGAACCGGAUGAAUGAGGAGAUGCUGAAACAGGGGCAGAAUGAGGAGAAGGAGCGCCGGACGGUCAAGCUGCAUCUGGGGAAGAACGCCCUGCAGCGCAGUAAUCUGGUGGAGAACAGUCAGCCGCCUAAGAAGGUCGGUGGUGUACGUGAAGGAAAUUACCGUUGUUUACAUUAAUGUCCCCCCUGCAAUCAAGCGGAUCAAUUUACCUUCUCUGAAAUUUAUUGCGCUUUAUAGCCAUGACGUUGACGUCGAUAUUGGCAUCAUAUUGCGUGGAAUUGUGUACGUAACCGCCGCACCUGUGCUUCUUGGGGAAAAAAUGACAGAAAAAUGUGGAAUGAAUUUUCUUCAUAUUUUAUCUCGUUUAUCUCCUGAUGCGCCCGCUUAUCGCGUGACCUUUCUCCUCCUCAUUGUGACCGGUUCUUUGGGUUUAUUUUCUUCUGUGUGGACGUCGUUCUCGGGGAAAAAAUGCUACAAAAAUACCGCUGAUCUCGCGUGUCGUCGAAAAAAUGGAAAUAUGAAAUCCGCGGACAUAUCGCUGUACUGGGAUAAUCACCGGAUGCGCUGCGUCUUCAUGAUCUGAUCGAUCCUCGGCAAGGAAGAAAAAUCUGGAAAAAUUAUAGCUUUAUUUUCCGUUUUCCCUGUUUUUCCCUUGUUUUUCGCCUCUGAUACUGAUCGUUUUCAUUUCCAUUUAGAAAAAGAUUAGAAAUUUUGACAAAUUUUAUUUUUUAAAAUAUUAUAUACGAGUCGGUAGUGUUUGCGGGAAUUUCGUCGGUAUUUGUUUUCCUCUGUUUUUUUUUUAAACAAAAAAUUUAUUUAAAUAACUGCCAGUUUUUAUAAUUGCGUCGUUUGCGUUGGUUACUGUGGGGAUUUUAUUUUUGGUGCUUUUAUUUUCUUUCGGUGUACAUGUAUUGUGGUGACAAGUUUCCUACACUGGGUCUGUGGUUUUGUUGUGUAAUAUAGCGCGAAAAUUGGUUAGCUCAUUGAUUUCAAUUUUCAACCGUUAUAUAAGUUCCAAAGUGCCAUUAUACGUUGCUGUGUGCAUGUGUGUAUAAUACGGUAAAAGUGUAUAAAGAAUCGUGUGGUUACACUCGACUGCAGCUUGUUUGAUUUCUUGCUUCCAUUCAGCGCGUUGGGACAUUUUCUAUAUAUUAUUCUGUUAGCUUUGCUGUGGUGUGUGUACAUUUGCGAAGCAUUGCAUCUGUCGGGUGUUUGAUAAUAAUUCGCUGAGGAAAAACACUGCUGCAAUAAUUGCUACUUUGACAGACAGCCAACCGUCGAAAGAGCGCGAUCGGAGUUGGCGUAACGCAACCUGUUGGCGAGAAUAAGGAAAAAAAACCAGCUGGUUUUAUUUUGAAUUUCUAUACGCGGGAAUCUGAAUGUGGGCAUUGUGUUCCGCUUGCAAAAUGAGAAUAACUGGAAAUUCUGGAAUUAAAUACGUCAACAAGA